AUGGAAUCCAAGCCGAAGUUAACGGCGACAACAAAUGUCGAUGAUAAAGUACCUACCAAAAAGCAAACCCAGGUGGUUGUGAAUGAGAGAGAAAAGAAGAAACAGGCAUUUAUCACAAGAACGAUCUGGUCGUUGGUGAUGAUCUUUGGUUUCAUUGUAAUAGUCUUAUCGGGUCAUUUACCCUUGAUCUGUUUGGUGAUUUUGUUCCAGAUCUUGACCUUCAAAGAGAUUAUUGCUUUGACGGCAGAACCUGCCAGAGACAAGAAUAUCCCUUACAACAAGUCUUUAAAUUGGUACUUUCUCUUGUCGACUCUCUACUAUUUGGAUGGAGAGUCCCUCUUUGAAUUUCUUCAAGAGGUGGUAUUCAACUUCAAAGCAAUGACUUUCUUGUACAAGAACCACAAGUUCAUCUCGUACUCGUUGUACAUUACAGGAUUUGUGUUUUUCGUUUGGACAUUGAAGAAGGGUUUUUAUAGGUUCCAGUUUGCCCAGUUGUGUGCAACUCACAUGACUUUACUCCUUGUUGUGUUCCAAUCCCAUUUGAUCAUUGAAAAUAUCUUCAACGGAAUUUUCUGGCUCUUGCUUCCGGCUGCAUUGGUUAUUGUGAAUGACAUUUUUGCUUACCUUUGUGGUAUCACUUUCGGCAGAACUCAAUUGAUUGAGAUUUCUCCCAAGAAAACAGUGGAAGGCUUUGUAGGAGCCUGGAUUUGUACUGGAUUUGCGGCUGUGGUCUUCUCCUAUAUUUUGUCCAGAUCAGACUACUUGAUUUGUCCUGUCCAGAACUUUUACACCACAGCCCUCAACUACCCUCAUUGCGAUCCCAACCCUGUAUUUAUUCCUCAACUUUACCCAGUACCAAGUAAUAUCGCUGAGCUUACUGGCAUCAGUGUCAUUGUGUUCAAGCCUAUUUACUUCCAUUCAGCUGUUCUCGCUACAUUUGCAUCUUUAAUUGCACCAUUCGGAGGCUUUUUCGCGAGCGGCUUGAAAAGAGCAUUUGGUAUCAAAGACUUUGGCGACACCAUUCCUGGACAUGGCGGUAUCACAGACAGAUUUGAUUGCCAGUUCUUGAUGGGGUCGUUUUCUUAUUUGUAUUAUCAGACAUUUAUUGCGUUCAACAAUGUCAGUGUGGCUAAGUUGUUGCAGAUGGCUGUUUUCCACUUGUCUGCGGAGCAAAUUCUCCAAUUGAUCAAAUCUUUAUUGAGAUACUUGCACACGUCUGGCGUUUUGGAACAGGACAAGUUAGAUUUAAUCAUUGCGUUGUUGGACUAA